CAGAGGUCACAUUACUGAAAGGAGGCCAACAUGGCGAUGCUGGCAGAGCCCCGUCGAAAACAGAAAUACUCUGUUGACCCGAGGGGCUUACAAUGGAGCAACGAUGAAAGCAAAUUUGGACAGAAAAUGUUAGAGAAAAUGGGCUGGCAAAAAGGGAAAGGUUUAGGAGCUAAUGAGAGUGGGAUAACAGAGCAUGUGAAAGUCAACCUGAAGUCGGAUAAUAAAGGUGUUGGUUGCACUAAAAAGCAUGCAGACAAUUGGAUAGCUCAUCAGGAUGAUUUUGCCGCUUUAUUGGACAACCUCAAUCAAAGCCAUGGGGUUGCAACGACUAAUGACAAUGACUCGAGCAGUGCUAAAAGCCUUGCUGAAAAGUCUAAAUCAUCAAAAGCCAGAGUACACUACCACCGCUUUACAAAAGGCAAAGACCUGUCAUUAGCUAAAACAGAGGACUUGGAUAGUAUUUUUGGGAAAAAGAAAAGCAAGUCUGCACCAGUCACUCCGCAGAACAGGUCUGAAGUAAAUUCUGAUGCAGAGAGCACCAACUCUGAUCCAGCCAGCAAUGAAGCAAAACAUGGAAUUAUUACAUACACUAGCAGUAAAAAUGUGCAGGAUUACUUUGCUCAGAAGAUGGCUGAAGUUGCAAAAUACAGACAAGGACAUAAAGAUUUAGAUGAAUCACAAGAUGGUUUAAAGAACCCUGGAUUUGGAUUUAGUCAGGUAGAAGAAUCUGUUAAUUGCCCUGGAUUUGGUUUGAAUCAGCCAAAUAUAAAAGAAGAUGUAAAAAUUAAUUCACAAGAAGGAAAUGGCCAACCUUUGCUGGCUGAAACUGACAUAGUUGAAAAGAGUUUGAAGAGAAAGAAAAGCAAAAAGAAAAAGAAAGCAAAAAUGGCAGAUGACGAAUUGGAACAGGAUAAGCUUCCCAAGAAGAGAGACAAAAACCGAGUGAGGGGGGUAGAGAAAUGGAGUACCUCAGUUGAAGUUAAUCCUGACAAACCUGAAAGUUUCCCCGAUGAUAAUCUUGAAGUGAAAUUAGAAAUAGACAUUGUAAAUGAAUAUUGCACUAAGUCAAACAACGAAGAGGAAAAAGAGCUGAAGAAAAGGAAAAAGAAAUGCAAAAAGAGAAAAAAGGAAGUAGUACAAAAUUUAGAUGAAUUGGAGUUAUUGUGUAAAAGUGAUGAAAUUGAUGUGGAAAAAAAACUUGAUUUUGGAUUUCCAGGUAGUAAUCUGGAUGAAAUACCAGGAUAUGGUCAUAUUCCAACUGCCAGUUUAAAAGGAAGAAAGAAAAAAAGGAAACGAAAGAACUAACCAGUCCCUUGCACU